AAAAACUCCGGCUGGAGGACUGACCAUAGAGUUGGUGCGGGCAGAGCGGCGCGGCGUGCGCACCUCCGUCUCGGUGUUCACUUCCGGCGCCGCCAUGUUGGGGAGGUCGGUGGGGCGACUGGCGGGGGUCGUGGCGCUGGUCACGGGGGGCGCCAGCGGCAUCGGCCGCGCCGUGAGCGGCCGCCUGGCCCGCGAGGGCGCGCGCGUGGCCGUGGCCGAUCGCGACAUGUCGGGGGCGGCGGCGACAGCGAAAGGGCUCCCCCGGAACUGCCCCCCCGACCACGGAGCUUUCCAGGUGGAUGUGGCCGAUCCCAAAAGCGUCGCCGGGAUGGUGAGGGGGGUGCAGGAGCACUUUGGGGUUCCCCCCCGUGUCCUGGUGUCCUGUGCCGGGAUCACCCGCGACCGGAUGUUCCUGGAGAUGGGAGAGCGGGAAUUUCGGGAAGUGCUGGGGGUGAACCUGGAGGGGACGUUCCUGGUGACACAGGAGGUGACAAAGGCCCUGGUGACAUCGGGGGACCCCGGGGGGGCCUCCCUGGUCCUCGUGGGCAGCGUGGUGGCCAAGGUGGGGAAUUUGGGCCAAACCAACUACGUGGCCUCCAAGGGGGGGGUGGAGGGGCUGACCCGGAGCGUGGCCAAGGAGGUGGCCAGGUUUGGGAUCCGCUGCAAUUCCGUCCUGCCGGGAUUUAUCGUCACCCCCAUGACGGACAAAGUGCCCCCAAAAGUGCUGGACAAGUUCGCAGGGAUGGUGCCACUGGGACGACUGGGGGACCCUGAGGACGUGGCAGACGUGGUGGCUUUCCUGGCGUCGGGGGACAGCGGCUACGUCACCGGGGCCACCCUGGAGGUGACAGCCCCCCGUGGCUGACCAGGUGGAGCUGAUGCGCCAGUGACGCUCGGCUGCCUCUCUGCAUGUCCAGGUGAGAAAUAUGGGAGGCUCCUCAGCCCCCCAAAGGAGCCUGGCAGGGCCCUGGGGGGUCCCUGAGCCCUCUGCAGUGGGCAGAGCUUGGGGACAGCAGAGGGACACGCAGGGGGCUGUCCCUGCUCCGUGUCCCGGGGCAGCUGGACAGAGCUGCCCCCAAGCCUUGCCUUGCACUGGGGGCUCUGCAGACCCCCAGGCUCACCGGGAGGGCAGGGAGGGGCUCGGGGAGGUGUCAGAGCAUCCCGGGCUCAGGGGCUCUGGGGCCACAUGGAUCUCAGCAUCCAAUUCCCUUCUCCUGCCCCAGCUCCCUGCAGACAGAUGGGGUGGGGACAAGGCCCCUGCCAUGUCCCUGUGGACACCGGGGGUGACGUUUGGGGCUCUGUCUUUCAGGACUGGAAGUGGUGGUGACACCCGUGUCCUGGCCCCCUCCAGCGGCAUGAGGAGAUGAUCAUCCCUGGAGGACCCCCCUGAUCCCCUGGGUGCCCUGGCAAUUCCCCUGCAAGAAUCAAUAAACCCCUGCAGCAAAACAAA